CUCCUGCACCCACUGGAGAAGUUUCCCUCUGUCUGUUAGUGAGCCCUCCCUCAACUGGAGCCUCUACCGGAGACCACACUCCUCUUCUCUGAUUGUGGAGCCCAGGCUGUGGAUUGACUGAAUCGAAGCGAUGAAUGUGGGCAUCUGUGUGUGUGUACUGCUGGCUGCCCUCUCUAGCAGCGGCAUGGGUCGCCCGUCACACCCGCAGGACAAGGGAAAGGCUGCACUACCCCGGCUGGACGGCGCCGUGUCCCCUCAACACACCCGCCACGCCCGCUCAGCACCCCUCAGCAGCCAGCUCACCACGUUCUCCAAACCGACGGAGGACGAGGGAGAAACCCGCACCAGUCUGAGUGAGUUACUCGCCAGGUUGAUAUCCAGAAAAGGUUCAUUCCAGAAGAACUUGUCCUUGAACAGCAGAGCCAGUGGACCGGGUCCCAGCCACAGAAUAAAGGACAGGGAUUACCUUGGCUGGAUGGACUUCGGACGCCGCAGUGCAGAGGAGUAUGAGGAAUACUCCUCCUAGAUAUAAACACAUACACUGCUAGCUACUAUAUUAAUUUCUAUUAUCAUAAUGUCAUCACUGGAAAACAAAAAUUAUUGUCCCAAAAAGCUAUAUUUAUUACAAUGUAUUUGAUGUAAAUUUGUUUAACGGAUAUGAAGCAAUAUAUAAAUAUAUAUAUAUAUAUAUAUAUAUAUAUAUGUGUGUGUAUAUAUACACUCAAACUGUAUGUACGUAAACAGAUUUUUGAAGAAAAGAAAAUCAAGAGAAGGGUUGUUUUCUUUCUGUUUCAUGCUUUCUUAUGUGUACCGUACACAGAGAUCACUAAUCAGACAGAUUUUGUAGUAGAAUAAACCAGGAUUGCAUAUACACGCAUCCCUUUCAACAGUGUGUCCACAUACUCAGGCCUUGGGUUCAUCACAGUCCUAAGUGCCACGUGCGCUGGCGCUGCAUUUAGUUGCCCAUCGAUUGCUCCCUCUCUUUGUCAUUGACAAAUGCAUGUUAUUCAACGGUUCGUCCGGCUCAUAUUUGCUCUCCCAUUAUGUUGGACCGCACAUUGUUCCAAGGACUUCUCAUCACUGAGCAAUGUAGACGCAGCCCACAGCGAGAGGAAUUCAGUUGGUACAAGGGGGUAGAUGGCGAGAGAAAGUUUCUAUAAGAGCUUAAUGAAUUUUGGCCUGAAAGUUAUACCUCCCUGAGCAAAUUCUCUAAUAAUUGACCCACAGUACAGAAGCCCAUCACAUCACUCUCACUGAUGGGAUUAAAGAUCAAGAGCGUUACUGUUAAUGAGCUGUUCUCCAAAUCUCAUUUUUCAGACAUGGCCUUAGGCGGCGAUUGGUGGCAGCAAUAACAGAGGCAAUAUCACAUCCCAGUCGCUAAACGGAAAACAAAAACACGGAGGAGACAAAUAAAGCUUGUUUUUAUUUUUUUACAUCAGGCAACCACAUGCAGCUCAACAAAUAUUGGAGUACCACUUGGGCGCAUGGGAGAGACAAUAGCAUGGCUUGGAUUGCACUGGCGGGAGCAUAAUGCUAGCACAGGAAAAGGGCUAAUGCUAGCACAGGUGUCUGUCAAUGAGCUGAUUUAAUUGUGAGCAACAGGUGUUUGUUGUGGGGCUCGGCGCGGCAGGGGCUGGGGGUCCACAUUAGUCUCAGUGGUUUGUUGAAUUUAGUCAGUCGCUCAAAUGAUGAGUAGCUCGGUUGUCCUGCUCAGUCACUGACAUAAUUCUAACACAGCUGGUCUUCUAAAUCCAUAUACAACUAAACCCUGCAUAUAGGCUGCUUACAGCCAUACAAAUAGGUUUGUCUCACAAAGGGAUAGCAGUUUGAUGUUGGGUUGGUGUUGCUGAUCAGGGUAUGGAAUAGCUACAUAUAACUUAUAGGUUUUAAAUAUGUACUGUCAGUUUAAUCCAGAUGUAUUAGGCUUAGUGAUUAAAACACAUCCGUUCUAGUUGUAAUUUUUCAAUGUAUAUUGUAUUUGUAUUAGUAACUCUACAAUGAGAAUGAGAACUGUCACUGAAAUUUGACAUUGAGGCUCCUUGGAAAGAUAACCCACUCUCAUCAACGGAGUGUGGUCGACUGCCGCCUUAAGGGUCAUUUACCCAGGAAAAAGAUCUCGGCAUUGCUUAUAGCCACACCAGAACAGGCUUAAGACAGGGUAUAGGGGUCAUGAAACAUUGUGUGGGUAAAAAAGGGUGUUAGAGAG